GACGGGCCGGUGGAGGCAGCAUGUCCGCGCUCCAAGCUCGAUGCGUUUCUUUCCGCAGCCAUUUUGGUUGAGCUGUUCUGCUGCUCAGAGCCCCGGUGCUCUUUCGGCCCCAGCCGGCGCUCUUGCGGCCCUCUUGUGCAAUGGUGCUGGUCAGGUCGCCCGCCCUGGCCGCCUGGAGGCGCCUGCGCCCGCCGGCCCGCCUCGGCCCCCACGCCCUCGGCGCCGCGCAGGCCCGGGCGGCCUCCGCUCACUGCGCCACCGCCGCGCUCUCCGGGCCCCCAGCGCGGCCCCCUGUGGCGCCGAGGCCCGCCAACGAGGACUGGGCCAGCUUCAGCGUGGAGCAGUGGCGGUCCGCGGCGUACUGCUCGAAGAGCUUCUUCGCGCAGCUCUCCGAGGACACCACGGACUUCAUCGGCGGCCUCUGCGACGAGCUCGGCGGGGCGGGCGAGCACGGCCCUCUGCUGGUCGAGGUGGGCUGCGGCACCGGCGAGGCCCUGCUGCCCCUCUCCGUGGGCGCGGGCGCCCGCUGCCGCUUCGCGCUGGGGAUUGACUUCAACCCCGCCUUCAUCAGAUACUGCCGCGAGGCCGUGCCCGAGGAGUGCCGCAGCCGCGUGAAGCACCUUGUGGGCGACGCCACGGACCUCGUGGGCCUGUGCCACCGCGAGCUCCCGGUCGAGUGGCUUGCCGGGGGCCGGCCCAAGGUCGUCACCUGCGUCGGCAACACGAUCGGCAUCAUGCCGCAGGAGGUCCGCGCGAAGGUGUACCAGCAGAUGAUGGAGCUCGCGGGGACCGACGGCUACAUGGUGGUGGUGUACUGGAACGGCAACAGGUUCGGGGACGCCGUGCAGAAUUUCUACCACAAGAACCCGCAGCUCUGCGGCGAGUUCACGGGAGCGAGCGUCGACUUCGACACCUGCACGCUGACGACGCCCAGCGGCUACAGCACGCAUUGGACGAAGCCAGAGGAGGCUCGCCACAUCUUCGAGACGGAGAUCGGCGCGCGGGUGGUGAAGCUGCAGGAAAGUGGCAACGGCGUUCUGGUCGCCGGGCGCAGGAUGUGGCCCUUUUGAAGAGCAGGCCAGAGCCACGGCGGAGCACGGGGGGGCCGAUCGGUGUGGUGCGCACGGAGCUGGCCCAUCGAUACCACGGUGGCAGUGUCUGUUAUCCCGCUGUGGAGGCCGGGAUUUUAGACGUGGGAUUUUAGACGUGCAUGACGGUCCUUUUGGCCUGCCCGUGGCAAGCCUCACCACAGUGCCAGCGCGGCAGCGCAGCAGGGAGGAGGAGGAGGAGGAGGAGGA